GCAACAAGAGGAGAAAAAGUAAAAGGAAGAAAAAGAAGAAUUUUAGCGUGAUGUUUUUAUUUGCACUUUUAAUCGCUUUUGCGUGAAAAAUCAGUGUUUUUAGUGCAAAAUCGCAAUUAUGGAUGAAAAUAGUGGAGAUGAGCCAUUGUCCAAUGGUUCCAACUAUCACGUACGCCGCCCCGAUGGAACGUGGCAUGCCGCCCAGAUAAUCCAAUCGAGGCUGAUUGAGAACAACAAGUAUGAGUAUUACAUCCACUACGAUGGGUUGAAUAGGAGAUUGGAUCAGUGGGUGCAGCGUGGCCGGAUAAUUUGUACGCCGCCGACGGAGGCGCAGAAGAACAGCCACCGGACGGAAGCGACAUUCCUGGGGAAGUUCAGCAAGUUGGAUCCACAGUCACCACUCACGGAGGUCGUGACACCCACAAAUACAUCCGCUGUGGUGGAGAAUGAUCGAACAAUCACGCGGAAUCAGAAGAGACGACACGAUGAGAUUAACCACGUCCAGAAGACGUACGAAGAGAUGGAUCCCACAACGGCAGCCCUGGAGAAGGAGCACGAAGCCAUCACGAAGGUGAAGUACAUCGACAAGCUGCGAAUUGGACGCUAUGAGAUUGACACGUGGUACUUCUCCCCCUACCCCGAGGAGUACGGCAAGGUCAGUAAGCUGUAUGUGUGCGAGUACUGCCUCAUCUACAUGCGUUUCGCGCUCCAGUACAAGACGCACAAGGAGAAGUGCAAGAAGAGGCAGCCACCAGGAGCAGAAAUCUACCGGAAGGGAACAAUAAGUAUCUUUGAAAUUGACGGCAAGGAUCACGUUCUCUACUGCCAGACCCUCUGCCUCCUGGCGAAGCUCUUUCUCGACCACAAAACCCUCUACUUCGACGUGGAGCCCUUCUACUUCUACGUUCUCUGUGAGAUUGACAAGCAGGGCGCUCACAUUGUGGGCUACUUCUCCAAGGAGAAGGAAUCCCCGGAAAACAACAACGUCGCCUGCAUCCUCAUCCUGCCGCCGUACCAGCGAAAGGGCUACGGGAAGCUCCUAAUUGCUUUCAGCUAUGAAUUAUCCCGUCGUGAAGGUAUUAUUGGGAGCCCCGAGAAGCCUCUGUCAGAUCUCGGACGUCUCAGCUACCGCAGCUACUGGGCCUACACACUACUGGAGCUCAUGCGGGAGUGCCGAACUACAACACAGUCCGUCAAGGAGCUCAGUGAACUAAGUGGAAUAACUCAGGAGGACAUCAUCGCCACUUUGCAAUCAAUGAAAAUGGUUAAGUAUUGGAAAGGGCAACACGUAGUUUGUGUAACACCGAAAACGGUUAAUGAACACCUUCAACUACCGCAGUUCAAAAAGCCCAAAUUAAUGGUAGAUCCAUUGUGUUUACGUUGGAUCCCCCACAAGAGGAAUACGCAGAAGAAGAAGAUCUGAGGCCGCUCUUUUGCCCCUCUCAAAUGAAUUCCAGGAGAAAUUGAAUUUUAUUCAUGAAAAUAAAUAUCGUGUUGUCAAGGAGAA